UGUAGAGUAGGUGGUCAAUCCAAGAAGAUGCUGCUGCAUAGUUCUAUAAAAACACUUGGAACAUGAUGCAGCUGGACUAGUCAUUGUACUCUCAACAGAUAGCCUGCCAUUGCGAUCGAGUUGGGCAAGAUGGCAGGGAGAGAGGAUGGUGCAGCAGCAGCAGCAGGAUCCAUGGAAGAAGGGCAAGCCAGGAAAGAGGCCAAGUGUGAGAAUUCAGAGGAUGGAAGCAACAGCAGCAGCAGCAGCAGCAGAUGCCAUGGCAACGACGUGAUCUCCGUCCAAUUCAUGCAGAAGAUUCUGGCGGAAAUUCUGGGGACAUACUUCAUGAUAUUCGCCGGGUGCGGCGCGGUGGCGGUGAACCUGAGCACCGGCGGCACGGUGACGUUCCCGGGGAUCUGCGCCGUGUGGGGGCUCGUCGUCAUGGUUCUGGUCUACUCCGUCGGCCACAUCUCCGGCGCGCACUUCAACCCGGCCGUCACCGUCGCCUUCGCCACGUGCGGGCGCUUCCCGUGGAAGCAGGUGCCAUCGUACGUGGUGGCUCAGGUGCUAGGAUCCACCAUGGCCAGCCUGACGCUGCGCGUGGUGUUCGGCGGCGGCGCGCGGGAGCACUUCUUCGGGACGGCGCCGGCGGGGUCGAGCGCGCAGGCGGCGGCGCUGGAGUUCGUCAUCUCCUUCUUCCUCAUGUUCGUCGUCUCCGGCGUGGCCACGGACAACAGAGCCAUCGGUGAACUCGCCGGCCUCGCCGUCGGUGCAACUGUCGCGGUGAACGUGCUCUUCGCAGGGCCAGUGACAGGGGCGUCGAUGAACCCGGCGAGGAGCCUGGGUCCGGCGAUGGUGGCAGGGCGGUACGGCGGCGUGUGGGUGUACGUGGCGGCGCCGGUGGGCGGGGCGGUGUGCGGCGCGUGGGCGUACAACCUGAUCCGGUUCACCGACAAGCCGCUGCGGGAGAUUGCCAUGGCCGGAUCCUUCCUGACCAGGAGCACGCAUCGAUCGAGUUAAAAGCAGGAGCGCUAACUACACAGCUGAUCAAACUGUGAUCUUUCUGCGUCCUCGCACCGGGUAUUCCGGCCAAUUUGCAGGAAGAACACCAUCGAGAUGAUGUCGAGAAUACCGGCGUAGUAUCUGUUAGAUCUAAAGUAACGAACAGCUCAUAAUUAUAGGAGGGUAUCCUUAAAAAGUCCACUUAUAAUGGGUUGGAGUGGCAGUAGCAGUUGGUAAAUUGAUUCUUCUGAUUUUUUAUGCUCGACGUCAUUGGUUUUGAUGCAUAUGUUUGAUUAUUUAUCAUUUUCAAG